AUGCAAAACUGUGCACCCGGUGAUGUACCGAUAGUAAAAGAGGAUAAGUUUAGCAAAGCCCAGUGUCCAAGAAAUGAACUUGAAAGAGAAUCUUUGAAGAACAUACGCUAUGCAAGUACUGUAGGGAGCUUGAUGUAUGCUCAAGUUUGCACUAGACCUGACAUAGCCUAUGCAGUAAGCGUCCUUAGUAGAUUUCAAUCGAAUCCAGGACAAGAGCAUUGGAAAGCAGCUAAGAAAGUUAUGAGAUAUUUGAAAAAGACUGAAGGUUAUAUGCUUACCUUUCAGCGUAUAGAUCAUCUUGAGGUGGUAGGCUACUCAGAUUCUGAUUUUGCAGGAUGUCAAGAUGAUCUGAAGUCAACUUCAGGUUAUAUUUUUAUGAUGGCUGGUGGUGCUAUUUCUUGGAAAAAUAUUAAGCAAACUCUAGUGGCUUCUUCUACCAUGCAGGUUGAAUUUGUGGCAUGUUAUGGAGCUACAGUCCAAACCAUUUGGUUUAGAAAUUUUAUUUCAGGACUGAAAGUUGUUGAUUCUAUCUUGAGACCAAUUACCAUCUAUUGUGAUAAUAGUGUAGCGGUGUCCUUUUUAAAGAAUAACAAGUGUUCUGGUAGCUCUAAGCAUAUAGACAUCAAGUACUUGGUGGUCAGAGAUAAAGUUAAAGAAGGGCAGACAAAAAUAGAGCAUAUAAAUACAAAAGCAAUGAUUGCAAACCCAUUGACUAAGAGACUCGCAACGAAAGUCUUUAAGACACAUAUUGCUAAUAUGGGCAUUGUGGAAACCUUUGAUGUUUUUGGUUAG